UUCUCUCUCCAUCAUCUUUGCUUCCCUCACACAUCUCCGUCUCUACAGCUCUCUCUCUGUCUCCUCUUUCUUUUAACAUCUUAUAAUUAUACAAUUAAUAUUGAGAUUUCUCUCUCAGUCUCUCUCUAGAGCACAGUCGCCUUCUCGUCUCCAAUUGUCGCCAUUGUUUCAAACAAUCUCUCUAUUGCACGGCCGGCCUGUCGUUUCGAUUUGUAGAUUCUGAGCUUCGAUCGGCGUCUUUGCAGAGCUAGAUACAUGGAUUCUUCACAGAUACAGCUGAAAAGAGGAGGCUUGGUUUCACUAUCGCCGUCACAGACUCCACGCUCCAGUGACAAAUCAGUGCGAGAUCUGCGAUCUGGAGACACAAAUUCAAGCAGCAAGCAUGACAAAGACAAGGGCGUUAAUGUGCAGGUUAUUGUGCGAUGCAGGCCAUUGAGUGAGGAUGAGGCGAGGGUGCAUACACCUGUGGUGAUCACAUGUAAUGAUGGUAGGAGAGAGGUUAAUGCUGUUCAGAACAUUGCAAACAAGCAGAUUGAUAGAACAUUUCUAUUUGAUAAGGUAUUUGGUCCAGCAUCCCAACAAAUGGACUUGUAUGAUCAUGCUGUGUCUCCAAUUGUCAAUGAAGUUCUUGAGGGCUACAAUUGCACCAUCUUUGCAUAUGGUCAAACAGGAACAGGGAAGACGUACACAAUGGAAGGAGGGGCUAGAAAAAAGAAUGGAGAAUUUCCAAGCGAUGCUGGUGUCAUCCCAAGAGCUGUUAAACAAAUUUUUGAUAUAUUAGAAGCUCAGAAUGCUGAGUAUAGCAUGAAAGUAUCGUUUUUGGAACUUUACAAUGAGGAGAUAACUGAUCUUUUGGCUCCAGAAGAAGCUUCAAAAUUCAUAGAUGACAAAUCAAAGAAACCUAUAGCUCUCAUGGAAGAUGGAAAAGGGGGUGUUUUUGUUAGAGGCUUGGAAGAAGAGAUAGUUUGUACUGCAAAUGAAAUUUAUAAAAUAUUAGAGAGAGGUUCUGCAAAAAGGCGAACAGCAGAGACUCUUCUUAACAAACAAAGCAGCCGUUCUCACUCAAUAUUUUCUAUAACAAUCCACAAUAAGGAGUUUACUCCGGAGGGGGAAGAGAUGAUUAAGUGUGGAAAGCUAAAUCUUGUUGAUCUUGCUGGUUCUGAGAAUAUUUCACGUUCUGGUGCCCGAGAGGGCAGAGCAAGGGAAGCUGGGGAGAUCAAUAAAAGCUUGCUGACACUCGGCCGUGUCAUUAAUGCCCUCGUUGAGCACUCCGGCCAUGUUCCAUAUAGGGAUAGCAAACUAACAAGGUUGUUGAGGGACUCAUUGGGAGGGAAAACAAAAACAUGCAUAAUUGCCACUAUAUCACCCUCCAUCCACUGUUUGGAAGAAACAUUAAGCACUCUUGAUUAUGCUCACCGUGCCAAGAACAUCAAGAACAAACCAGAGGUCAAUCAGAAGAUGAUGAAGUCUGCAAUGAUGAAGGAUUUGUAUUCUGAAAUUGACCGGCUGAAGCAAGAGGUAUAUGCUGCAAGGGAGAAGAAUGGGAUUUACAUACCACGGGAUCGUUAUCUUGCUGAAGAAGCCGAGAAAAAGGAAAUGUCUGAAAAAAUAGAACGCAUGGAACUUGAAUCAGAAUCCAAGGACAAGCAACUGUUGGAGAUUCAGGAGCUCUACAAUUCCCAGCUACUCUUGACAGCAGAGCGAACUGAGAAACUUGAGAAGACUGAGAAAAAGCUUGAGGAAACUGAAAAUUCAUUGUUUGAUCUCGAAGAAAAGCAUAGACAGGCUAAUGCAACAAUUAAAGAGAAGGAAUUUCUGAUUUCUAAUCUCCUUAAAUCCGAGAAGGUACUCAUGGAGCGUGCAUUUGAGCUUCGAGCAGAGCUAGAGAAUGCAGCAUCAGAUGUUUCUAGUUUAUUUGCCAAAAUUGAGAGAAAGGAUAAAAUUGAAGAAGAAAACAAAGUACUUGUCCAGAGAUUCCAAUCACAAUUAACACAGCAACUUGAAAUCUUGCAUAAGACUGUGGCAGCUUCUGUGAUUCAACAAGAGCAGCAACUGAAAGAUAUGGAAGAAGAUAUGCUAUCCUUUGUAUCAACCAAAGCAGAGACCACCGAAAAACUUCGAGGAGAGAUAGGAAAGUUGAAAACCAUGCAUGGUUCUGGUAUCAAAGCUUUGGAUGACAUGGCUAGUAAGCUUGAUGAAAAUUCCCAAAGUACUUUUGGUGACCUGAACUCUGAAGUAGCCAAGCAUUCGCAAGCUCUCGAGAAUCUCUUUAAAGGAAUUGCUUCAGAAGCUGAUGCACUACUUAGCGAUCUUCAAACUAGUCUGUACAAGCAGGAGGAAAAGCUUAAUGCACAUGCACAACAACAGCGUGAGGCACAUUCCAGAGCAGUAGAAACAGCACGUUCUGUUUCUAAAAUUACUGUGAACUUCUUCAAAACUCUAGACAUGCAUGUGUCCAACCUAUCCCAAAUUGUGGAAGAUUCGCAAAUUGUCAAUAACCAGAAAUUGUCUGAACUAGAAAAGAAGUUUGAGGAGUGUGCUGCUAAUGAGGAAAGGCAACUGUUAGAAAAAGUGGCGGAGCUGCUUGCAAGUUCAAAUGCAAGGAAGAAAAAACUGGUCCAAAUGGCAGUGCAUGAUCUCCAGGAAAGUGCAACCAGCAGAACUAAUAAGCUGCAGGAAGAAAUGUCAACCAUGCAGCAGUCCACUUCUUCUGUCAAAGCUGAAUGGACAGUUCACAUGGAAAAGACAGAAACACACUAUCUUCAGGAUACUUCUGGUGUGGAAAGUGGAAAGAGAGACAUGGAGGAGGUGCUUCAAAAUUGCUUGAAGAAGGCGAAAAUGGGUCUGCAACAAUGGAGAGAUGCUCAAGGAUCCUUGUUGACCCUAGAGAAAAGCAACGUUGCUUCUGUGGAUUCCAUUGUUAGUGGAGGGAUGGAAGAGAACCAAGUACUGCGAGCACAAUUUUCUUCUGCAGUCUCAACAGCUCUUGAAGAUGUAGAUGCUGCAAACAAAAAUCUUCUUGCAUCCAUUGAUCAUUCAUUGCAACUUGACCGUGAUGCAUGUGGGAAUCUUGAUGCCAUGGUUGGACCUUGUUGUGAAGAUUUGAGGGAAUUGAAGAGUGGUCACUAUCAUAAGAUAGUAGAAAUUACAGAAAAUGCCGGAAAAUGUCUUCAAGAUGAGUACAUGGUGGACCAGCAGUCUUGUUCAACGCCACAAAAGAGAUCAUUCAAUUUACCAAGCAUCUCAUCAAUUGAGGAGCUCAGAACUCCUGCUUUUGAGGAAUUGUUGAAAUCGUUUUGGGAUGCAAAAUAUGCAAAGCUCGCAAACGGUGAUGCAAAACAUAUUGUUGGAGCGUAUGAGGCUGCCCAGUCCUUGAGGGAUUCCAGAUUUCCUCUCACUGCUAUUAAUUGAGGUUAGUGGAAACAAAAUAGAUAAGUAUAGUGGCGAUAAACAAAAAGGUGUGUACAGAAUAUACGAGUCAAGUAUUAAUUCUCGCCUACUAUUUGUUGAUUUUGCUUGUUCAAGAGUUCCAUCUUGAUGCAGGAAAAUAUAAUAGAUUUCGUUUCAAGUCAGGGCUGAUAUGCAGAGAUAUCUGUUACUUAUAUAAUAAGUUUUCUAGUUUUGAUGUUGCAAUUGAUGAUAUUUUUUCUUCCUUAGAAUGGAAGAGAUAUCUGUAACUUAUAUACGUUUUCUAGUUUUGAUGUUGGAAUGGAUGAUGUUUUCCUUCCUUAUUUAGAAUGGAAGAGAAUAUUUGGUGA